AUGUCGAACCAGCUUGUGGGUACCGUGUACCAGCGCAUCAUGGACGAUGUAAUCGAGAACUGCCAAACCACCUUCGAAGAGGAUGGAGUCAAUCAGCAGACACUGGAUGACUUGAGAAAGACAUGGCAGACCAAGCUUUCGGCACUUCACGUUGGAACAUUUCCAUGGGAGCCUCCCCCAGCGCCUCAGCCAAUGGCAAAUCCUACAGUCCCAUCAAAUGUUCCACGUCCACAACAGGUUCCUUCCUCCGGAGUGCCAACAUCUUCGACCCCAGCCCAGAGCAAUGGAGCUGGUGGGGUUCGCAUCAAAACCGAGCCUGGCUACGAGCAACAAGGCUUCCAGACUAAUGGUCUCCCCCCAAACUACGGCAAUACAAUUGCUCAGCAACGAGCAGCAGCAAAUCUUCAACAGAAGUUUGGCGCCGGUGCCAAUGCGCAAAUCAGUCAACUUCAGGCUCAGGCGGCCAUGGGGACGCCUGGUGGUCAGCCACAGCGAAGCCCCAUGAACAUUCAACUGCCUCCGCAAAUGACCGAUCAGCAGAGACAGGAUCAGGCCGAAUUCAAGAGACGUCAGCAGGCGCAACAGUACCAGAGUCUCCACAAUACCCAACCGAGGCCUAUUGUCAACAAUGCUCAGACUGAUGGUACUGACGAAUGGGACGGCUACGUUGCUCAGCGGCGUCUUGAUGCGUCGAAGGACCCUGACAAGACUCACGAAGCAGAUCUGACUAUCAGGCAGCAAGUUGAACAGAUGAACCGUUCUAUGGAAGGGGGAGGCCUGAUGAUGCCUUUGGCCGAUCAAUCAGAGUUGCCUCAAAUGAAGAAGCGCAAGACAGUCGACGCAGAAGCUGGCCCUAGUAGCUCAUACUCUAAUCUAGCGGCGGCCCAAUCAUCAGACUCUAAGCACGUACCUAGGAUUCCGCAAAUGGAUGGAGAUGAAGAGGACGAUGACGACGACAAGACCGGCAUCAAGGAUGAGCUUUUCGACGAUGAUGAUGAAGACGCAAUCAAUUCUGAUCUAGACGACCCGGAUGACAAUGUCAUUGAAGAAGAGCCGGAGGAUGGACGCCCACAACAAAUCAUGCUCUGCACCUACGACAAAGUGGCACGUGUGAAGAACAAGUGGAAGUGCACGCUGAAGGAUGGGGUACUGACGACUGGAGGCAAAGAAUACGUCUUCCAUCGAGCUCAGGGUGAGUUUGAGUGGUAG